UGAUGAGCGAACACACAAACCAUUAAGCCACCCUGCAUGAGACAAAAAGGUCCUUAACCGUUACAAUUCCAUCAACGCGAAGUCAUUACUAACGUAACCAAAUCUAUCGAAUCCGACGCUGCAGCUGUCAACAUCUUAACGAGACAUCCGGUGCUUGGAGCAUAGUGAACAUAGGAUGCUUGGUCGAGGGGAGGGGAACCAGGGGCCGGCAGGAGGAACUACGUAUGGUUGGAUGGAUAGCACCCAGACUGGACUGCCCAUGGUCGGACAACAUGAAGUUUUUUGGACUGGCAUCCAGGAAAUUUCGAAAGUACCACGUCUACAUGACCACAAUGUUCGCUGUGGCAACAUUCGUCCUCAGCUUUCGUGAAAUAUCCAGACUAGAACAAAUUCAGAGUAAUGGUUCAGCAAAUCAAAUUGCUCCAAAUGAAUUCUCUGAAAUUAAUCAGAAUUCGCUUCAUGAAGGAAUGGUAUUUAGAAAACAGUGGGUCGAGCGAAAUUUGAAGGGAAAAUUUGAUGACGUUAUCACGCAAGUAAAGAGUGUGGGUACAUCACCUGUUUCCAAGAGGACUUCUUUGAAGGUGAAGGACGUGGGCAGAAGUGUCAAGGACGUGGGCAGAAGUGUCAAGAACGUAGUCAGAAGUGUCAAGGACGUGUCAAGAAGUGUUACAGAAUUGCUACACACUACAAGCAAACGUAAGGCAGUGAAAGAAAUUGUGUGGUUCAAUGCACCAGCAUGGAUUCCAAGACAAAAAGGUUCAGAACUGUUUGGAGGUUGUAAAUACAAAAUGUGUACAGUAUCGUACGAUCGUCAAGAUCUCGCUAAAGCAGAUGUGGUGCUUGUUGAUGGAUUUAAUCUACACCAGGGUGCGCCACCACCUAGAUCAGCCAAUCAAAUAUUUGCUCUAUUUUCCUUUGAACCACCGACAUAUUUAACAAUACCCCAAAACUGGAAAGACGCUUUUAACUGGACAAUCAGCUAUCGCCCAGAUUCGGAUAUAUGGAGGCCUUAUGGAAUGGUACGAAAACGGCGAUCCGGUUUGAAAGGGAAACAUUAUGAAAAGUUAGUGAAAGAAAAAACGAACAGUGUCGCAUGGUUCGUAAGUCGUUGCGUUUCACAUAGCCAAAGAGAGAAAUACGUCAAUGAAUUACAGAAGUAUGUCGAUAUAGAUGUGUUCGGGAGGUGUGGUGAUAGCAAAUGCGGCAGAGAUUGCUAUGAAAAGUUAAAAUCCUAUAAAUUCUUUCUUGCUUUUGAAAAUUCCUUUUGUGAGAAUUAUGUCACCGAGAAAUUCUUCAAAACAUUUCUGCAUGAUGUGAUUCCAGUGGUACGUGGUGGCCCAAAUUACAAGAGCCUUUAUGGAGGUGGUUACAUCAUAGACUCAAAAGACUUUGCAACCAUAAGAGAGCUAGGUUAUUAUUUGAACUUUCUUUUAACCAAUGAUAAAGCCUACAUAGAACUAUUGAGAGAAAAAGAUAAACAACGGGUAUAUUUUCCAUUACCAUGGUGUGGUCUGUGUGAAAAGCUACACAAACCUUUAGUUAAGAAAAACUAUGCUAAUAUCAACCACUGGUUGUCCAGAGAAAAAUGUCAUUUACCAAAUGACAUAAUAAAGUAAAA